CUCAUAGUAACUUGCGAUGUGUCUUCGGGCUUUCGACCCAGUGUUGAUUAAGUGUGGAGUCGGCUUCAUUAAGUGUCACAUUCACAGCUGGAACUGGGAAUCAAGGACAAUUGCAGGCUAUUGAUAUAUUUAUCCAGUUGCACACUGGGACAACGAAACUAAGCAUAGACAUCUUCUGGAUGCACAGUCACAAAUGUACAAUAACAGGGAAAACUAAGCAUUUGGACCAUUCUAUGUUGCUACUUGAUUGCACUGAAAACACUAGCAACACCUUUACAUGGAGUCAAGAGUGAAGAAUCCGGUGAUGAGCACUGGGGCAGUGUGGGAGAAAGCUUGUGCAGGAGAGACAAGGGUAUUGCAAGAACAUUGCACAAGUGGAAGCUCCAAUAUCGCAGCCAAUGCUGAAGCUGACAUCCAGCGCAGUGUGCAAGCAAUAAUACGGGAACUGGACGAGGAACAUCCAGCAUUCCAGUGCAGUCGAGGUAUGUUUAGGUGGACAUUGCAUAAGAAGACUGGACGAGACCCAUACAGCAGCAAUUUUCUGGUUAAAAUUCUCAUUGGUGAACUGGAACUGGCAAAGAAAAACAAUAAGCACUACAUUUUACCUUUACUGAACAUUUUAAUGUAUGCUAUUAUUCAGGCUGCAUAUAUUCCUGAUAAUCUUUAUGAAAAAACAUAUACAUUUUGCAAAGGGCUCCUAUCCUUUCCCAAGCCCUACUGUACAAUUGGACAUCAAUAUGCAGUCAUGAUAAAAGCUGAAAGAAAAGCACCAGGCAUUUUGUACCAAAGGGUAAUUAUUUCUGAACAUGGGCUAAAGAAUGACACUUUUUCACACCGAGAAAAAGUUUUCAUCUUUGCUGAUCCUGAUCUUAUCUCUGAAGAAGUCAUUAAUGCUCUUCACAAUGAGAUCCACUCAGUUAGCCUCAGAGACACAUCUGCUGAUUGUAUGAGUAAUGUUAUAAAGCACAGCAUUCAAGCAACACUGGGAGAGAAUUGUGACAUCAGCAAAUUGGAUGAAGCUUUGCAGAAUAAACCCUAUAACAUGAUUGAGCACUAUUUCCAAGAAGUGGUUGCUGUCACCGAGCAGUCAUGUUUUUCUUCAGAGGAAGUUACUACAGCCCACAGGAAGCACAGUAGCAAGUUGCAACAACUUUACAGGGCAAUAAUCAGCUCUGCACAACAAGUGUCUCCUUCAAGUGAAAGGCUACAGAAUAUUCCAUUGCCAAAUCCAAAUAUCAGCUUUUUUAUGUGGAAGGAUGAUGACCUUCUUUGGAAGGAAUUGGUGCAGUUUGCUAAAAAUCAACUUGAUGGUUGCCAGGAUUUCAUUUACAGUGACUCAGACACUUCUGAGAUGAGUGAAACAACAGAUGGUCACAACUUUGAGCAAACGCGAUUGUCAGUUCUGUCAACAGACAGUGGCAUAGUCAGAGAUUGUGGAGACCCGACUGUCGGAAAUGACACAUCACCUUCGAGGACUAGUGACAGGAAUCAGACCAAACUUUCCAGAAAAGGCUGUGUGAGGAAAAGAAACAACGAUUCAGAAAAUGUGCUGUGUUUUCCAGAUAUUUAUGACAAUACUGCAACAAGCAAUGAUAUGACUCUUCAUCGGAAGUUUGGUUGCAAUGUGAUGUCAUUUGGCAUCAAACACCUGAAGCCCAACACCGCCCGAGUCGUGGUAAUUGGAAAUGACUGCAUCUUGGGAAGAUUAGCGAAGGCUUUUCAUUCUUUGAGGAAAAGAGAAGCAAGAAGAGGCAUUCUGACUACAAAACUGAACUUGCUGUUCUACUACAUUCCUGUAACUAAUGAAAAGCAGAGACCCAUGUGUGCUGGGCAGGUCAAACAUUUACUACAUAGUGACCUUUCUUGUGAACUGUCCAGGUACUUGGGCAGUAUAGAUCCAUGGUAUAACAGCAAUAUCAACAGCCUGCGCAACAUGAUACCUGAACUGGCUAAAAUGUCUACAACACCUGGACAACAGUCUGGCGCUGAUCCAUUUAUUGUGGAUGUUGCUUCAUACUAUGUACGAAUGGGGUGUCAGCCUGUUUGCUUUCAAAUCUACAGUGCGAAGCUUACCUUUUCGGAUGAAACAGAGGAAAUUGUAGAUGAUGUAUUUCUUAUUCAGCUUGAGGCUCAGUUUCCAGAACAGAAGUGUGUCAAAGAAUCCACUCUGGUGAGAAGGAGGGCAAUAUCAGAAGGAAUAGGUGGACACAUUGCAGUUACGUACAAAAAAAUUGCAUUGAGCAACAGGGAACAUACAAAACAACUUGCAUGCCAUUGCACAGGCAUAGCAAUAAAAGCAAUUCCUUCAAAUGGAACUGAAGAUCUUGUCUGUCUGGCUGUAAGCAUAUCAGAAGUAACAAGUAAGACAAACCUAUCUGGAAAAACAUCUUUGGCUGGAAAUGUCAUGAUGAGGACAUCUUACAUAAAAAUUAAAGUCCAGGAUAAUUGUGGAAAAUCUAUGACUGUUUGUCUAGACAAGGAUUUUCGAAGGGUAUACAAGGAUGUUAUCAGCAUUGACGUGUCUCCUUGUCUGGAACCUGGAUACUGUUUGCAUAAAAUGAGGACAUCAAGAUUUAAUCAGACUGAAAAUGAAAACAUUGGAUUAACAAAAUACAUGCCAAAAUGCCUGUUGUUACCCCUCAAUACCUUUGCAGGUAUCCUGUAAGAUAAAGUAACCAAUGGAAAAUAAUUAACCAAUUAAUUGCUUGAAGAAACAAGUGAUCUGGAGCUGCUAGAACAGUAAAGCAAAGAGGCACAAUAAUUACAUUCAACUGUUGAAGAACAUCUUCUGGAGAGGGAACGAUUAUUUUCAAGAUCUGAACAGUACAAAUAUCAUUAUUCCUGUUAUUAGGACAUCAAAAUGUAGGUGCUUGGAGGAAUAUUAUUUGGAAAUCGAACAUUUUAUUUGAACCAGUUCAAGGAGGGUCAGAAGAAAAGACAAUUGCAUAAAUGGGAAGUCAGAAGAAAAGACUAUUGCAAUAUUGAUGGGAAAAUUUCUAGAGCUCAUGUGCUUGUUACUGGCUACUUAAUUUGCAUGCAUACUAUCGAGUUUGGAGAAUGGUGAACAUUAGCCAAACUUUAGAUAGAAUAUAAUGAAUGGUAAAGGUGUAAUUACACCUUACAAAAUAAGUUUGGGGAAAAGUACAGAAUUAUUUAUGCAGGAUUUACAUGAGAUUACUUCAGUUAUUUUUAAAUAAAGCCUUUCUUUAAAUUUUGGAUUGAACAUUAAUAAACCUGUGAUUGCAAAGUUCACUACAAGGAUAAAAUGUGCUGCACAUAUCGGGGAGAAAUGAUUUCCUCUCAAUUUCUGGUAGCAAAUUCAUGAACAUGCUCUUUAUGCUUGUAAGUAUAAUUUCACUACAAUGAAUAAAUAAAUCUUUCUCCAUAAGAUUUUACACUUUAAUUCCAUUAUGCUGUUUAACUUGCUACUUAGCUAUAUUUCUAACAUCCAAGUGUUACAAGUUUGUCUUAGAUGUAUAGUAUUUAUUAUAUG